AUGAGCGUAACAUCCUGGUUUUUGGUGAGCAGUGGAGGCACUCGCCACAGGCUGCCACGAGAAAUGAUUUUUGUUGGAAGAGAUGACUGUGAGCUCAUGUUGCAGUCUCGUAGUGUGGAUAAGCAACAUGCUGUAAUCAAUUAUGAUGCCUCUACUGAUGAACAUUUGGUGAAAGAUUUAGGCAGUCUAAAUGGGACUUUUGUGAAUGAUGUUAGAAUUCCAGAACAGACAUAUAUCACCUUGAAACUUGAAGAUAAGUUGAGAUUUGGAUAUGAUAUCCUUAUAUGA